UAAUAAGACAGCGGCGUGGUGUAAUCAUACACAUAGAUAUAACAAAAGAGUUUAAAUAAUCAGGAGCUCCACGCGCUCGAUUCUAACGUUACCAUUUACCAAGUAGACAGGCGUCAUCCCCGUAUUGCACCCCCCACCCCGAAAGCGUACAUAACCACUCCCUUUAGAGCGCGUGGACACGCACUUCUCCGUCCUCCCUCGCCCACCUAAAUCUCCUCCCGCUUCCAAAUCUCUCAGAGCUCUUAAUUAAGCCACCGUUUUAGUCUCUAAUCACACCUUUAUCCCCCUCCAUCCGAAAGUCUAUUAGUAGAGAGAGACCCAGAUAAGCAAAACCCAAAGCUUCAAAUUUUGAAAAGACAUUUUCAGUUAACUAUUACUGAGAAUUAUAUAACCAUGGAAACCCCUAUGAUCAAGGAAAUAAAUUCGGACCCAAAUCCUAACCCGAACCCAAAACCGGAUUUCCCAUUGAAGUUCCGCCCCAACUCACACUCUCAUUCCCACUCUCAUUCCCCAAGUUUCCUCGUGCCCAACGGCUUCAACUCCUCGGAGUACCCAAUCGCCGACAUAGAGAUGAUAAGCAUGGAGGCGAUCACGUACACGAGCCUGAGGGACCUCUUGCCGGCGUCUUCACUGUCGGUGAUGUCGCCGACCCACAACUCGAGCUGGUACGACGAGAUCCCCAUCAAGAACCCGCUGGUCAAACACGCGGCUUUAGCGUAUCUCCAGCCCAUGUCCACGCCUGCGGAGACUGGCAACAAGGGCUUCUUUGGGAGGCUUAGAGAGAAGUGCUCGUGUGGGCACCGGUGGUUCGGCUGCUUUGGCUGGCUCGGCGACGUCGUUUCCAGGAUUAAGGAAGCUUUCUGGGACAGAAGAGGGAGUGCAGUGUGCUAUGCUGACGAGGACGAUGAGGAGGACGAUGAGAAAGUUGAAUGAGAAACACAGAGAGAGAGAGAGAGAGA